UGUCUGGCUGUAUUUUUCAUGCAUAAAGGACAUGGCAGCGAGGAAAUAUGGGCAGUGAUAUGAAACGGAGGAUGUCGGUCGUCUCAACAGCAAGAACAACCGUAGUCAUCGUGGCUAUUUUGUUCACGUUUUGGUUGAUUCUGUUGAUAAAUAAUCUUCCCAUAUCCAGCGAAUUACCUACCAGAAGUCCUACCGGUCGCAACAAUAAUUUUUCAACACUCUGUCCACUCAUUUCACCACUCUCAGUCGGCUGGAUGGAUUUAUCUUUAAUUAUUCCGGAACUACUGGAAAACUCUCAACAGGACGCCUUCCAUAACAAGAUGAAGAGUGCUGGAUUGAUUGAAGGCGGAUCAUACAGACCGAAGGACUGCCAAUCUCGGAACAAAGUGGCUAUUAUCCUGCCCUUCCGGAAUCGCAGUCAACAUUUGACAGUUUUUCUUCACUACAUGCAUCCGUUCCUUCAGCGACAGCAACUCGACUACACCAUUUUCGUUGUCGAGCAGACCGAUGGAUUACCUUUUAACCGCGGCAUGCUGUUAAAUGUUGGUUUCAUUGAGGCCCAGCGCUCUGACACGUUCCAGUGUUUUAUCUUUCACGAUGUGGAUAUCCUGCCGGAAGACGACCGCAAUAUUUAUUCGUGUCCGGAAGUCGGCAGACCACGUCAAAUGUCUUUCGUUAUCGAUAUUCACGAUUACAAGCCGGUGUCGUUAAUGUUCCUUUUCGGGGGUGGAGUCAUUGCUAUUUCGGCGGUUGAUUUCGUCCGUGCCAAUGGUUACUCGAACGCCUUUUGGGGACUGGGAUUGGAUGACGACGACUUUUAUCGACGUAUCCGGCGACUCAACAUGACCGUCGUCCGGCCGAACAUUCUGGCCGAGCAUUUGCGAUACAGAACACUCUAUCACGAUCCAUCGGUUGAUGUUAUUCCAAAUCGACAGAAGCUUUUUGAUGAUGGUUAUCUUCGUUUCGAAUCAGAUGGCCUCAUUAAUCUGAAAUACCGUCCCAAAGACAUACAAUUGAAACCUCUGUACACUCACGUUGUCGUGAAUCUAACGGAAGAUCAUCUGAACUUACUUAUUUCUCGUCCUUUGAAUUAAAAUCACACAAGAAUUUUGUUUAUAAGAGAAUGAGCGAAAAUGUCUGGGGGAAGUGUUCAACAUUGCGUCUGAAGUAAUAUUUUUCGAAAUUCUGGACCUACACUCAACGGCAAAGUGUAAAAUAACUUCGUUGCAUAAAAUUGAAUCAUGUCAUCAUUUCGAAUUUCUUUUAUGAGAUUGAGUUAAACUAAUGUUUUAUUUUAUGGACUAAGAUGGCAGCACCGCAUCCCAGUUCACGUCAGGCCACAUUUGUCCAAACCGGCAACACCGCUUUCCAUCAUGUAAACAUGUAAAGUUCGUCUGCAGAUUCAAAGUCUGAAACUGAAAGUUACGACUAAGGGAGGCAACAGAUUGAAAUAGCGUGAAACUGAAAAUUUGAAAGUAAAAAUUCACGAACCAUGUGUCCAUGUUUGGUUGAAGCGUUUGUAGCUUUGUUGGAUUCAAAAUAAUGGAUAGUUUCAUCAAAUGAAUUAUUUUAUCGGAGUGAAUUUCCGAAACUACUCUUGUUUUUCUUUUUUAUAAAUCGAUAGCAGAUGUGUCAACGAGUUCCCUUCUUACACGUGGUUGAAAGUGAAAAGCCCAGAAAUACAUCAAUGACGUACGCCAAAAUCACAGAUUACAUCGAUAAAAGAAUUGAGUGCAUUUAAUGGUAGCAUUUACCUCUUUUCCAUCACUGAGGCAGAUUUUAUUUUAUGGUUAGAUUUAUUGUAGAUGUUAAAAUGGUUUAUCAUGAAAG